AAUCGCUUAAGUUCAUCGUCCACUGCCUAACCCUAGACCUGGAAGAUCGCGACAAUGGAAGAAGAAAUCAAGUCAGAAUUCACCAGGAACGGGUUUAGAUUCGACAACGAGGAAGAAAUUCUUCAGAAAUGCCUGACAUUUUGCAUACAGUACAAGCUGAGUGCUUCGGAUCUGGUCUCCAGUUGGGAAGCUUAUUCUCUCACUAGAGGCCUGGAGUCCACUGUGGGAAGCUCACAUAUGGGUGUAUUUUUAGAGCACCUACAGAAUGAGCAGAAAGAAAAGCUAAGAGAAAAAGAUUCUGGGUUGCAUCUGUACUCCAAUGAUGUGGCCAUGAUAUUGGAUGAUAAUUAUGAAGAUAUAGAAGGCGCUCCCGAUACUCCCCCUGAUAAACAAACAUUAUCACACAACAAUCUAUCUGAUUCAGCACAAAAGACGAAUGGUAGCAAAUUUACUUCUGGGAAGGCUCUUGAAUCAGUUACGCCCUUUGGGACUAGGAAGAACAAGUUUGUCGUGCAAUUCACACUCAAUGAGCAUUCCAUUACACAAACCAUCAAAAUAGAGGAGGACCAUGCAGAUGUUACUGAUGACAUUAUCAAGAGAAUUCAACCCAGCCAAAAGUGUUCCUUGCAAAUUAACAAAUCUCAACCUGAAGUAGGUUGCAGGUUCAUGUAUGAUCGAAUUGAAGACAAGUUCAAUUUCCUGGAAGGUCGGAUAAAAAACAUAGCAGCUGCUUAUGUCUCCUCUGGGUUGUAUGAAGAACCCGUUGACCCUUCUGUUGCUUGCCAGAAAAGCAUUUUCGCCGUUGGUAUGAUCUGUUGUGAGGAAGAAGGGCGCCUCAAGGAGAAGCCUGUUUUGUUGCAAAGCAGCGUUGAGCAUUCUGGAGGACAGCGUGUUCGACUUGACUUGCAAAAGUUAAGUCAGUUUUCUAUUUUCCCAGGCCAGGUUGUGGGCGUAGAAGGGCAUAAUCCUAGUGGACACUGUCUUAUUGCAUCAAAAAUUAUUAAUUUCAUCCCUUGGUCAGUUCCUUCUAGUGACGAAAAUCCAGCCAAAAGACAAACCAUGGAUCACAGUCUAAAGUUAUCCAGACCUUUACAGGAUAAAUCUGAGCUGUCAUUGAUUGUCGCAGCGGGUCCUUUUUCCACGAGUGAUAAUCUGUUAUUUGAACCUCUAACUGAACUCAUAGCCUAUGCACGCCGAAAGCAACCUCAGUUACUUGUCUUGCUAGGGCCAUUUAUCGAUUCUGAUCAUCCAGAGCUCAGGAAAGGAACUGUGAAUCAAACAUUUGAUGAAAUAUUUCGCCUUGAGAUACUGGGAAAGCUUCAAGAUUAUGUGGAGUAUAUGGGUCCUACAGUGCGUGUGAUCCUUAUACCAUCCAUCAAGGAUGCUAAUCAUGAUUUUGUGUUUCCUCAGCCUGCUUUUGACAUUCAUCCCGCAGAUUAUAAUCAUCAGAUACAUAGCAUCUCUAAUCCAGGAACAUUCUGCGGCAAUGAGGUGAAAGUGGCUUGCUGCACAGUGGAUGUAUUAAAACAGUUGAGUGCGGAGGAAAUCAGUCGAAAUCCACAAGGAGGUUCCAAACAGCGUUUGACUAAUCUAGCAAAGCAUGUCUUGAACCAACACAGCUUCUAUCCUCUCUAUCCGCCAGCAGAAGACGUCCCCUUGGAUUUUUCUCUUGGGAAGGAGGCUCUCCAUAUUACAUCAGUUCCAGAUGUACUCGUAUUACCUUCAGAUUUGGCAAAUUUUGUGAAGGUGCUCUCCAUUGGAGAAGAAAAUGAUGGUGAAGAGCAAUUAAAGUGCAUCUGUGUAAAUCCUGGAAGGCUUGCUCGAGGCGAAGGUGGAGGAUUCUUUGUAGAAAUUAACUACAAAGGGAAUCCGGACUCUUCAACUGCUUCCAUCAUCCGAAUAUAGGUUUUUAACCAUGACACCGAGAAGGUGUUCUAUACUAAUCGUAUCUUGAAGCUUCAGUAGCAAAGUCCCACCAAACGAUCAUUCAGUGCGAAAGCUUUUUUACGCCGUCUGUUUCAUUUAUACAUAGGAUUUCACACUAUUAGAUGAUGGUAAGUGUUCAUUCAAGUUCACUGUGGUAUAUAUCAUGAAUCUGCCAGCUAAAUGAUUUAUUCAGAACAGCCGCACUUUGCUUUACAUAAUUGUAGCAAUUUAGUUAUGUAUUAUAUAGAGAAUGGUUUUUAUGCU